AUGGUGACCAUACGAUCCCCCGGUAGCCAAACGCGCCGGAAAUUUAAAGAGAGCUGUAGCCAGUGUGCCUUUGUCAAAGUGAAGUGCGGCAAGGAAAAGCCAACCUGUUCUCGUUGCCAAGCUCGCGGUCUCCGUUGCAACUAUGAAGUCUCCCACCGUGCCGGUCGACGCCCAGCUGCCGAGCGUGUCUUGUCGGCAGAUCGGAUCAGUACAUCCACCAGGCCCACUCCGACCGCAUCGCCCCCUGCUGCACCGAGCGACAAAAGUGAAGACUUUGCUGCUCAGUUCGCGGCCUCACUGCCGAAUCCUAUCGAUCAAAUGUGCGGGCUGGAUUUGCCAGAUGUUCUGUCGUUGUCUGGUACGGAAAUACCCACCGGGGAGGGCCUCUCUCCAUAUCUUCUCGGGGUGCUCCCGUCGGAGCGAAAUUCUUGCGGCAAUGAGAUGAAAUCAGCUGCAUCAGCCCUGGUCGACAUCGACUCAUACAAAUUAUGGCCUGCAUUAGGAGAGAUACCCAACCAGUUCGAUAUUUUGGGAACAUCAUCUUCAUCAUCCAUCAACAGUGUCUGCAACGGCACCCUAAUAGGCGAGAGCAGCUGUGCACAGAAAAUGCUGACUGUGCUCUCGGGAGCGCAGAAUGAUACUCAUUACAAACCUUGGUUGCUUGACCCUAGUGCUCCCGGGGUGGACAUAGCCAUGGGAUGCAAUCGAAACAUCUUAGAAGUGGCGACCUCAGUGUUGGAAUGCCCUUGUCUACAAACAAAUUAUCAGCUCCGCUACCUGCUCGUCUUUGCUGGCAUGGACGUUUUAGCUCGACAUGCUGCCGUGGCCGGCUCGGGCCCAGCGGGCAGUGAGGACCAGGUAGCCCGCGCCAGCCUUGUUUUCGGCGAGCUUCACCGCGUCCUUCAAUUCAUCGAUAUUCUCUUCCACCAAUGCCGUCAACGGCCCUCUUCUUCUUCCUCAAUUACCAGCCCGCGUCGCUCACCCACCCCUCCUCAACCACUCGGCUUCCCAGAUUCAAUAGAUCCCAUGGUAAUGGCCAGUGGUCAAAUUUCUGCUGCACACUCGCCGCCAGAUUUUGACUUUUAUGACGACAACAACCGAAUCCACGACAGGAUGUUCGAUCUUGUCUUCCUGCCGCUCGAGGUUGAGGUCCGCCGGCAAUUCGAGGGCGUACGAGAUGAGAUCAAAUCCAUCCUUCGCAAUGUAUGA